GCUCCGUUCGCCGCCGCGUUCCGUGGAACGUCCCCGGAGGCUGGUUGGGCGGGGCCAAUCGAGAGAAGCAUUCCGAAAGGGGCCUGCUUGGGAGCGAUCGGCGACAGACCGAGAAAGCGGCUCUUCUCCCAGGUGUGUCAAGGCAAACCAGUAGUGAAAAUGAUGGUGGUCUCAAGAGAGUGGUGUCUUGUCGUCCUCUGGAUUCUACUGCCUUCUUCUCAUGCUCAUACAGAUUUCUUCACUUCAAUUGGUCAUAUGACAGAUCUGAUUCACACAGAAAAGGAUCUGGUGAUAUCACUGAAAGACUAUAUCAAGGCAGAAGAAAACAAGUUGGACCAAUUAAGACAGUGGGCUGAGAGGUUGGAUAAGCUGACCGAUAUGGCAACAAAAGACCCAGAGGGAUUUUUGGGACACCCGGUGAAUGCAUUCAAAUUGAUGAAGCGACUAAACACCGAGUGGAAUGAGCUUGAGAAUUUGGUCUUGAAGGACAUGUCUGCUGGGUUUAUUUCCAACAUGACGGUUCAACGGCUGUUUUUCCCUGAUGAUGAAGAUCAGACUGGUGCCGGCAAAGCUCUCUUGAGACUCCAAGAUACAUAUAAUUUAGAUACUGACACAAUAUCAAGGGGAAAUCUUCCAGGAGUGAAAGAUAAAGUAUUUCUAACUGCUGAAGACUGCUUUGUGUUGGGAAAGAUUGCAUAUACUGAAGCAGACUACUACCAUACUGAGUUGUGGAUGGAGCAAGCUCUGAAACAGUUGGAAGAGGGAGAGGUUUCUUCUUCGAUCAACAAAGUUUCUGUUCUAGAUUACUUGAGUUAUGCUGUGUACCAGCAGGGGGAUUUGGACAAAGCAAUGAUGCUCACCAAACGGUUACUUCAAUUGGAUCCUGAGCACCAGAGAGCAAAUGGAAAUUUGAAAUACUUCGAAUACAUCAUGGUUAAAGAAAAAGAAAAAGAAGCCAACAAGUCUGUGACUGACACAGAUGAGCAGCCUGGAAAAAAAGUGAAGACUCAGAAAAGAGGGCCUUCCAAAGAUUAUCUGCCUGAGAGACAGAAGUAUGAAAAACUGUGCCGUGGUGAAGGUCUGAAAAUGACUCCUAGAAGAGAAAAGAAGCUGUUUUGCCGUUAUUACAAUGGGAAUGGGAACCCAAAUUACAUCCUAGGACCUGUCAGACAAGAAGAUGAAUGGGAUCGCCCUCGGAUUGUUCGCUUUCUUGACAUCAUCUCUAAUGAAGAAAUAGAAAAAGUCAAAGAACUUUCAAAACCAAGGCUGAGGCGAGCCACCAUUUCAAACCCCAUAACGGGAGUCUUGGAGACUGCACAUUACAGAAUUAGCAAAAGUGCCUGGCUAUCUGGAUAUGAAAACCCUGUAGUGGCACGUAUAAAUCAGAGGAUACAGGAUCUAACAGGGUUGGAUGUUUCCACAGCAGAGGAGCUCCAGGUAGCCAAUUAUGGAGUAGGAGGCCAGUACGAGCCUCAUUUUGAUUUCGGAAGGAAAGAUGAACCAGACGCCUUUAAAGAACUGGGUACAGGCAAUAGAAUUGCUACGUGGCUAUUCUAUAUGAGUGAUGUGGCGGCAGGAGGAGCAACUGUAUUCCCUGAAGUCGGAGCCAGUGUUUGGCCAAAGAAGGGGACAGCGGUAUUUUGGUACAAUCUUUUUCCAAGUGGUGAAGGAGACUACAGCACCCGGCACGCUGCAUGUCCAGUAUUAGUUGGUAACAAAUGGGUCUCCAAUAAAUGGAUCCAUGAGCGUGGGCAAGAGUUUCGAAGACGGUGUGCCUUAUCAGAGUUUGAAUGAUACCAGUCCCCUUUUAUUUUUUAGGGCAAAUUAUUUUUCCCUUCCUCAUUGCCUUGAUUAACACUGAUAGUUUACACUAAUAUCCCACUCCAACUUUUGUUUCCAGUGCCAAUCACUCUUUUUAAUAUAUAUAUAUAUAUAUAUAUAUAUAUAUAUAUAUAUAUAUAUAUAUGUAUAUAUAUAUAUAUGUGUGUGUGUGUGUGUAUGUAUAUGUGUAUAUAUAUAUAUAUAUAUAUAUAUAUAUAUAUAUAUAUAUUUGCAGAUAUACCCAUUUAAAUGUUUUUAUUGAGUGAUAUGCUUCAUUUCUAAUGAUUGUAAGAUGCCACCAAGUUUGUGAAGGAAGCAGAAUGGAUAUAUAAGCUUUUCAUCAUCUGACAACUGCUUUGCUUGGAUGGUAAGAUAUUAUAUAUCACUUCUACUUGUUUCUUUAGUUUUGAAUGCCUGAACACUUCUGUAAAAACCAGCCGUGCUUCUGGGCCUUCACUGCAAAUUGUCUGUUUUUGCCUGGUUUUACCAAGUGCCAAAAAACUUCAGAAACAAAUUCUUCCUCCCAGUAUAGUUUUCUUCUUCUUCUUAUGCCUCACAAAUAAAUUGAGUUAAUUCCAAGAAAUGAGCCAGUAACUGUCCAUAUAUAAAAGGCUUGAACAGAACUGCAGUUGUGCUUUGUCUGCAUAUGCCGGAGGACCCCUUUUGAAGGAAAGUUGUAGAAAAUUUUUGUGUGUGUGUCUAAGUGCGGCUCAUCUUUUUAAAUGUCAUUGUGAUUCAAGAUUGUAAUUUAAAAUGUAUUGCUGCUUUUUAUUCUGUAAGGAAUAACAAUUUUACCCCGUGAAGGCAUGGAGACAAGAUCAGUUCUGACAUAACAUAGAGCACUGUGCCUUAUCUACCAAAUUUGAAUUUGUAUGAAACCAUAUGUAUAAGAAAAUGCAUACUUCCCCUACCAACAAUACCAAACCUUGUUUUCCAAUGGAGGGGCUUUGUGAAAAAAAAAAAGACAAUAUAUUUAUAAUACUAAAUCUUUUGAAAGUU